AUGGGUUUCCUCGCAGUCUUUCAAUCACUCAAGGAAAACCGAGAGUUGUCAUGGCUGUGGUACCACAGAAACUACUUCAUCAUUGUUCUCAUUCCACUUUUAUUCCUUCCUCUGCCGCUCCUCAUCCCUGGAUCGGUAAGUGUGUCUGAGCUUGAACAUGGAAGUUACUUUUACAUUAACUAAAAGGUCAUGAAGAGCAUCACAGUUGGGUCUAAAUAAUAAAAACGGCGAUAAAGAGGCCGAAAGAUAUUUCCCUUUGUGUCACUUAAUUUAAUGUUCUUCUGUCUUUGCUGUUUAAUACGAGACAGAGAGGUAAAUCAUGGAGACGUUUAUUGCCGUCUUGUGAAAACAAACAAAAGACCUCAUGUAGUUUAAGAUGUUUAAAGUGUUCAUUGUGUUCUGACGAUUUGAUAUCAUAAAUGUUCUGUUUAACCAACAUGUUUUCAUCCAGACAGUUCUUUAAAUGUUUGUUUAAAUAGAUUAAUUAUCUGACAUGGACAAUAGCAGGUGGUUUCAUAGUUGCAACUUUUAUCAGGCUACAAAUGUAAGGAACAGUUUUGUUAUGAUGUUGGUCGAUCACUGACUUGUCGUCUUAAAUGUUUUGUCGGCUUAGUGUUAGUGCGAUGUAGUAUUUUAUGUAAAAUCUGGUUAACUAAAGCCAGAACAAUAAUCCAGACUAUUAAAGACGACAGAAACCAUCAAGGUAACAUCCAUUAUCAUAUUUAUGUUCACUACAAAUCUACUGCUGACACAGAAUAUUAUAUUAUUAAAAUCAAGCAUGCACUCAUAUGUUUGUGAGUUACUGUAAUUGAACGUCUGCUGCACUAACUCCAAAGCGAACUUCCUAAUCUUGUAGGGAGAUAAAGUAUCUCCUCAAGGCUAAACCCCAAACAUGACCGCAAGAAGCACCACGAAAUUACGCACCAUGUGACCCAGGUUACUUGUUACUGGUGUAAAUUAUGUAAUCGGGUAACCUUUUUCAUUCAUGCACUGACUUGCUGUAAGAUUUCUAUUGACUAUCGCUAAAAACAAACAAACUAAAACUUACUGAACAAGAGAGACGAAGUGAGAAGGUGCGCUCUGUACAGUUGAUCUUAAACUACAUUUCUACUUCUUCACUCUUAUAUAGAAACUUGCCUCUUAAAAAUCAAAUGGUAAAUUCAUAGACUGUAUAAAGAAUGGACAGAGUCUGCCUCCUCGCUGGGUGAAGCCACCGCGAGAACAGCACCCUCUGAUGGUGGGCUGCAGUACAGCUCAUAAAUCCCACCUCCGCCAGCAAAGCUUAUGGAGCUGUGGACAAACUUUAGAAAUUUAUUACACAGAAUAUAAAUGUUUCUCCCCCCUGGUUGUGAUGUUGACAUGUAAUUACUGUCAGACCGGUUUGUGCCCAAGUCCUUUUUUUUCUGUACAGCUCCGUUUUUAAAAGUUAUUAGGGGGUUCAUGUUUUCUAUGAUUGACACCUGGUACAGCCUAUGGGCGUUCAGGGAUUGUGUAGCUCACCCGGGGGGGAUACGCUGUUUGAGCCGAGCGUCAUCACAGCGACUCUCGGCGACUGCGCGGCCGAAUGCGCGCAACGCUACUGCGCAGCUCUGGUUUCAAGAAAGUGGAGAAAAACCCGGAAUUACCGAGAACUUUUUGGCUUCAAAUCCGUAUACAGGCGGGAGGCAGAACCAGGUUGUCCAUUUUAUAUACAGUCUAUGGAUAAAUUUAGCUGCCGGUCCAAUAACACAGCUCAUCCAAAGUUGUUUAUCAAUAAGUGAAAGCAUUGCUAAUUCUCAAGUACAUAAAAAGGCAGCCACUGGAGAAUUUACUCUUCAUACCUUCUUUCGUCGUAGACAUGAAAGUUUAAACUUCUAUCAUUUCUUCACAGGUGACCGAAAUUCAUUAAUUUAGCUUUACUUUGUUUAGCUUAGGACCAGGGAGAAAGUGGGAGAAAAACUGUUUUAUUUUAAGGAAGAAUUCAUCAAAUUUCAGUGCCGCAGGAGUGCGCUCGUAAGGGUUUGACCUGGAGAUUUAAUAUUCCAGUUUUGUCUAACUGUAGGAAUAACGCAUUUUAAAAACAAAAACGUGACUCAUGUUAACUUUGUUUUUGAUGAAGUAAGACGAGGUGCAGGUAGAAGAGCUUUUGUUAUGAGUUGGCUAAGCUAGCUGAUUUUGUUGUUUAUGACAAGUCAACGGUGUCAACAACCCAACAAGAAGUCAAUAAACGAUUCCAGUUAGAGAGGGAUCUCAUCCGUUUCUCAGUGGAAAAUUCUGUGUCGGGUGAUUAAACGGUCUUUGUGUAAAGGGUUUUUACUGAGUAACCAUAAAGAGUAAUCUCCUAAGACAAACGCACAACAAACAGUUUGUUUUAUGAUCAAGGAUUACUGCUAUCUGCAUGUGUAAAGUCUUACUGCCUUUUAAAGAGAGCUGGAGAUAAGAGAGAGGACGUAAAAGUCAACUGAACUAUUGUGUCGCAUUUGUGCGUCAGUCUCUGCUUCUGUGUUGAAAAUCAGGUUUUACAUCAAACAUGGAUCUCUAAGCUUCUGACAGUAUUUUGGAUUUCACCGACAACAUGCUUCAUGGGUUCUUCUUCUGUCUGAAGAGCUGUGUGUUUGUGUGUUUACAGGAAUCCAGAUGUGGUUACGCCAUCAUCAUCAUGGCUCUGUACUGGUGCACAGAGUGUAUGCCUCUCGCUGUGACUGCGCUGCUGCCUGUUGUCCUCUUCCCCAUGAUGGGCAUCAUGAAAGCUGGAGAUGUAAAGUCCUUUUAUACUUUGAUCAACAGCUUCUCUUUCAAUCUCAUCUAGCUCAUAUUGCAAGUUGUCUGCUUUACCCUGGAGAACAAACAAGAUGCUGUUAAAAGAAAGAAAAAAAGGAUUCAUAGAGAAUAGAAAAUCGGAUUUGUACAAAUGAAGGAAACUGGAGUUGUCCUGAUACCAGACAUGAAUAACGUCUCUUCUCCAGCAGCAACAAAGAGCAGAGGCGUAUUAUUCUAUCUUUACAUUUCAACAUGCAUGAAACCACUACCAUGAAAGUUCACCUGGAAUAAAACCAGCAAACACACACAACAGAGCAGUUCAGUGCAAAAACAAAAGAUUAUCUUCUCUCCUAAACUCAAGGAGGCUGUGAGCCCAGCUGAUGAUGAUAAGGCGGGCCAGCAAUCGCUAAUACAUACAAGAUCAAUAGAAAAGCCUGUAGGAGUGGAAUUAUAUCAGUGUUUCUCUCUCUAAACUCCCUGACAAAGAACCAAAACCACGUUUGAACGUCUCCAGAUUCCUGCAGUGUAAUUUGACCUUUCAGUCGGUUCUUACAGGGCGUAUUUAACCUUCACAGUCACAUCUGCUGAGCUUCGUGUUUUCCUUUUAUUGCUCAUAAAAAAAUGAUGAUGUAUUACCUUCUUGUGUCACGGCAGGUACACAGGUUACUCCGUAGUUCAGAAGCUUUCAUGCGUGUUUGGCACAUGUUAGGAGGUUUUAUGGCUGUGCUGAAGUUAGUGGCUGUGUUUUCUGUUUCAGGUCAGUAUUGAGUAUCUGAGAGACUCCAACAUGUUGUUCAUUGGGGGUCUGUUGGUGGCCAUAGCUGUGGAGCACUGGAACCUUCAUAAGCGCAUCGCUCUCCAAGUUUUGCUGCUGGUUGGCGUUCGUCCUUCACUGUAAGAAUGCUCACCUGUGUUACAGCUCACCUGUGUUACAGCUCACCUGUGCUCCUCGCAGUAGAUAGUUGAAGAGACAAAGGUCCCUACAAGGGUCUUUAUCGUCUUGACUUGCUAAUUUUUUAGGAUCUCUUUCCACAAAUAAGUACAAAAUGCACCAAUCAUCAGUUUGAUAUUUGAACAAAAUUAACCAGUUUUGAUUGAUUUGAUUUGAUUGACAUGUUGGCUAGUUUUUUAGGGACUUUCCUUGAAACAACCACAAACAUUUAGGGGAUAAAAAGAAAGGAAAACUUAUUUUUUUUUCUAGUUUGAAAGCAGGGAGAAGAAUUCUAGAUGAAGAUUCCCAAUAUAAGACAAAAACCUUCAACCGCAGGAACAAGCUGUAGAUGGAGGAUAGAAAACCGGAUAUGGAGAUGCUACAGGGCGAGAAAAAGUAAAACAUGACGGGAACCUUCAAAACUUUUGCUCUGAGAGGACGGCAUGACUCACUGAGGAAAAAUGAACACCAUCUCCUGGAAUUCAAUUUUGAUAUUACAAUAAAUCUUAUAUUGGGAGAAAUUAGUCUGAAUUUCAAGAGACUAAAACAGUAAGAGAUAAAAGUUAGAAUUAUUCAAAAAAGUGUUUUACAUGUUGGAUUAAACUCUUAAAGGUCCAGUGAUUUUUUUAAUUUAUAAAAUGAACUAAAUAUUAAAUUAAUGCCUUUUUACAAUAUUUAAAAGCAAACAAGUCCAUCAGCGACAACUAUUCAUUCGAAUCUUUGAUGUCAGAAACUGAUGUGAGAGGAAAAGUGUCAGCAAAGCAGCUAAAAGAACAGCCCCGUUUUUGCUAUUUCCACGUAUAAAGUUCACAAUAAAUGAUUAAUUUAAAGGUCAAAGGUCAGAAUAAUGAGGUUUUUUUUGUCAGAGGUCACCACUUCAGCUUGUAAAGGAGAAGAUAAGCAAAGGCUGCUCUGUCACAGGGGGCACAAAAACGGACACAAACGUUAUUAUUGAUGAGAAUCAGGUUUGAAAUUCAGAAGUUAUAAAUUUAUGAAAACAAAUUACAAGAAUAAAGUAAAAACUUCAUGUGAGUGAAGUUGUGCAGGAAGAGAACGAGGAGUGUAAGAUCUGAAACUACUUUUCCUCCUCAAAGAAUAACUGUAGUCUUGUCAAUUUGUAACUUCAUUAUUGUUCAUUUAAUGACUGGACUUGAUGUUUUUUUUAGUUUAGUUUAACUCUUGAAUUAUGGGAACUCUAUUCUUGCAGUUGUCUCUCUUCUUAUUCUCUUAAACGAGUGAAUUUUGCUUUUUAAAUGUGUCCCGUACUCUUUUUUUUUACUCUUAUGACUUUGUUGUAAUCUUUUGAACUUGUGUUAGCAGGAUACAUUAGAGCAGAACAAGAUGAAUUAGGACUUUAUGAGAUCCUUGAUAAAAACACUUUACAGCCGUGUUACAGUUACACAGCAUUAGUCUUUGUGUAUUAUGACCUUAAAGGGCUUGAUGUGGAUCUGAGAACCAUGAUCACCGUUUUGAUCAUAAUUGCUUCGCUGUCAUUCACUGUCGUCUCACUCAGAUUGAUGAUCGGGUUCAUGGUCGUCUCAGCUUUCCUGUCCAUGUGGAUCAGCAACACAGCCACCACAGCCAUGAUGCUGCCCAUCGCACACGCCGUACUGAUACAGCUGAAAGCCACGGAGCUGAAGGCGGAUUCUCGAGACGCUCAGGUUGCGGCCAUGAACAACGAGGGCUUUGAGCUUGACGAGAAAGAAACAAAAGAGAUAGAAAUAAAAGAAGGAGAAGAAAAGGAGAACCAUCAGACGAACAUUGAUGUUACCCCAAAAGACACAAACUGUAAGUAAACAUGUAUGCUGGAAAAAUAGAUGGUGGUCUUUCAGAAAGUAACCUUUACAGCAAAGUUGAUGCGUGUUGAAUUCCAGGGGAAGUCCAGGGAAGUCCAGACAGCCUGACGGAGAUGAGGAGGAAAGCAGUCGAGGAAAAGUAUGACCUCCUGACCAAAGGCAUGAGUCUGAGCGUGUGUUACUCUGCCAGCAUCGGGGGCACCGCAACCCUCACCGGCACCACGCCCAACAUCAUCCUCAAGGGUCAAAUCGAUAAGUACGGCAUCGAGAAACGCAGCAUUUCUUUUAAUGUAACAUCCAAAUGUCUUUACUCCUCUUCUCAUGACUUUGUCUCUUUCUCCUUUGUGAAGGCUCUUUCCCGAUAACGGGGAUGUGAUCAAUUUCGCCAGCUGGUUCGGCUUUGCUUUCCCCAACAUGGUGCUCAUGCUGGUGCUGACGUGGUUCUGGCUUCAGAUCAUGUUCCUGGGCUUCAAGUAAGACGACAUUAACAACAUUUUUCUGUUGGUGUAGUUUCUCAUCAGGGCAGGGACGAAAGAAAACCUGCUCAAAACAAACUCAGGUCAUUUUUUUGUGGAGCUACCCUUUAAUAUGUUUAUGCUAUGAUAAAUAAAACAUAAUUACUAGUGAUGCACGAUAUGAAAAAUUUCAACCGAAACCGAUAACCGAUAAUUUUCUUCUUCUCAUGGCCGAUACCGAUACCGAUAACCGAUAAAUUCAUAUUUUUACAUUUAUUAUAAUCUUCAUAUAAUCUGCAGUUUGUGCAGGAUGCAGCGAUUGAAAACUGAUGUUUUUGUUGCUCUGGCCUAUCUAGAACAACAAACAAAAGUUUUUGGCUCUUCAAAUGUGGUCAUUUGCUAUAAAUAACAAUAACAGAGCAAAAAGCAGAACUUCAUUUGAUCCCCUGAACGGUUCAACAGAACUGUAAACUGUAAAGGAGCUAUUAUGAGACGUUAGGAUUAGCAUGCUGACCGGACUAACAUCUGACGUCCAUAUGUCUGUGGUAAAACUCACGUGUAGUCCGUUCUUGUCGAUCAGGUUGUGAAUGUUUGUGGCGACAAUAUCAUAGAGUGCAGGAAGAGACACAUCCGAGAAGAAGCGGCGGCUUGGGAGAGUGUAACGUGGCUCCAAGUGUGCUAUGAACUUACGAAAACCCGGGUUCUCAACGACGGAAAAAGGCUGGUCGUCGACCGCUAUGAACUCCAUCACUUUGUCGUUAAUGCCUUUAGCCUUUUCGCUGUCUCUUGAGAAGCUUUUGCAGUUUUUAAACGGCUGCUGAAUGGGGACAUCGAUCCUCCGUAGUGUUGUUGUCUUAGCUUUAGUACCGCUAGCAGCUUCGGCGGCUGUCUCAUAUUCUUUUACUACCGCUUCGCCGCGAUGGCGACUUUUCAGAUGAGCUAUCAGAUUCGUUGUGUUAAAACUUGACGUCUUCUUUCCUCCUCUCGAAAUCCUCGCUGAACAGGUUUUGCAUAGCACUGCUGUUGUCAUCUUCUGCCACUGAGAGAAACGACCAUGCUGGUGAAGACAUUUUAUUAUCUGUCAGGUAGUGACGGGGUCAGGCUUGGGACCUGCGAGUAAGGCGCGACGGGCGGCUACUCCGCCUGCAAACGUUACUCGUAAUUUCAUUAAUAUAUCGGAUCUUUCUAUCGGAAAAAUGCACCUAUCGGACCGAUAAAAAAUGACGUAAUUUUCCCCCCAAUCGGCCGAUAUUUUAUCGGUCCGAUAAAUAUCGUGCAUCCCUAAUAAUUACCCCAUCGUACAAAGAUCAUGGGGAAUUACUUUCUCUGUUUAUUGCAUUUGAAUAAAAAAAAGGUUGUCAGCUUCCUCCUUAAAAACUCUAAUCAGACCCGAUUUUCAACGUAUCAUGUGACUUAAACUUCGAACAGUUUCAUUAACGUACACAUGUCCGUGUUUGGUUUCCUAUCUGCAGCAUCUUCAUCCUUUGUACCUUUGUUCUCCUCAGCUUUAAGCAGUCAUUCGGCUGCGGCAUUAAGAGCGACAGAGAUAAGGAGGCGUAUGCGGUGAUGAAGGAGGAGUACAGAAAGCUGGGGAGGGUUAAGUUCGCGGAGGUGGCGGUGCUUUUCAUCUUCGUCCUGCUGGUGAUCCUCUGGUUCACCAGAGAGCCGGGCUUCUUCGAUGGAUGGGCAACACUGCUCUUCAAUAUGAAUGGAGCGUGAGUCUCCGCCUUUCUCUUCGGUUUUUCUGUGUAGUUUUGGAAAAUAAUCAACUUUUUAUAAACAUGAACAAAUUCCAUGAAAUAAUUGAACUGCAGUGAAGAGUUUCUCAUGUUUAAACAGCAUUAAACUGAGCACGGUUAUUUUUUAAACCCCAGGUAUGUGUCUGAUGGAACUACGGCUAUUUUUAUGUCGAUGCUCUUCUUCGUCAUCCCCUCCCAGCUGCCGAGCUGUAACGGUUACGGUUACAAUGAAAAAGGUAAAAACGAAGUUCUUGUAAGUUCCUCUGAACACUCUGAAUGUGAAGAAAAUCAUCUAUCGAACACAAACUUCCGUUCGUCUGAGCUCUUUGCGGUGAUUUGGUACCGCUCUGUUAAACAGCGUCGUGUUCUCACUUCAUUUGGUCCUCGUAGGUAAAUUGAUCAAGACCCUCCCGACUCUGCUGAACUGGGACGUGGUCCACGAGCGAAUGCCCUGGAACAUCAUCCUGUUGUUGGGAGGAGGCUUCGCUCUCGCUGCUGGCAGUGAGGUAAACAAACACAGUGGACGUCAUGUUUUGGUUUCUAAAUAUCAGGGAUCUCCAACAGCAGUCAAAUCAUGAUUUUCAUCGUCUAGUAUGUUGGUAGAAACUUUGCUGUACAGCUCCAGUAAGGCCGUGGAUUUCACUACUUUUUCUUUGACCUUUUGAGGAUGUUUGUUCUUCCUGUCCUCGAGGCCCCCCGUUCUGCAUGUUCUGGAUACACCUGAUUCAAAUGAUCAGCUCGUUAUCAAGCUCUGUAACGGCUCAAUAACGAGCUGAUCAUUUGAAUCAGGUGUGUUGGAGCAGGGAAACAUCCAGAACAUGCAGGACGGUGGGCCUCGAGGACUGGACUUGAGAACCACUGCUGUAAGGUGUAAAGUGAUAGUAUUGGUGCAGCUAUCUUAUUGCAGAUAGGACUGGCACCACAGUCCACUGUUAAAGUUUACGAGGACACGGUAGAGCACUCGUCUCAGAAGAGCGAGAUUUUUCUGUCUAGUUGGUAGAGACCAAAACAGAGCCAAAGGUUAGUGGAAGAAUACUUCAAACGCAUGUCAGCCCAGUUAGCUUGGACACUGUUUGUUAGUAAAAACUUUUUUCUUGAUUUGUAAAUGUCAAAGGUAGAAUAAAUCAUGUCCGUUUGUUAUAGAGCUUUAGAUGUUUAGUUACAAGCAGUAUGACUGGGGUCUUCAUCCACCUUCAUUUCUGUUGCCACUUGUUCGAUUACUCCUUUGUGCUAACUGGAGUACUUACACCCCAUGUGUCCUUGUUUACAGCAUGAACUUGUGAUAGGCUAACAGCUCUUGCAGGUUUGAGGGAUCAACAAAGACAUUAACCUGAAUCCACGUUAGAAGAAAAUCCUUCAGUUUUUUUUAUGUAGUAAGAAAGUAACCCCCUGGUUGCUCAGUCCAAGAGCAUCCAGCAUGGAAUAAUUUCUUGUGUAAUUAUAAUUAUUUUUAUGUUCCUUAAUUUUGUCCUUGAAAUGUCCAUUAACAGGAGUCAGGUCUAUCCACAUGGUUGGGAGAUUGUUUAACACCCCUGCAGAAAAUUCCUCCCUUUGCAAUCUCGUUGCUGCUCUGCCUGCUGGUGGCGACUUUCACUGAGUGCUCCAGCAACACCGCCACCACCACCCUGUUCCUGCCGAUCCUGGCCUCAAUGGUAAACGAGAUGUCCAUAAUCGUGCAAAAUCACAGUUGAACACACAGUUUCUGUAUGUUUUUAAGUGUGUUGUGUUGUUUGUGUUUUUUUAGGCCAUAGCUAUUAAGAUACACCCGUUGUAUGUGAUGCUGCCCUGCACCAUCGCCGCCUCUCUGGCUUUCAUGCUGCCUGUAGCCACGCCACCCAACGCCAUCGCCUUCUCGUUUGGAAACCUCAAAGUCUUUGACAUGGUAAGAUGCAAAAACAUACAGUCCAUAAAACUGAAUAAAUGAUCCAAAUAUCAUCAGUUUGUCUGGAGACUAACAAAAUUGUUCAAUCUAUAAAAAACUUAGGGGAAAAGCAAGUUAAACAAGGCCUACAGUUUUUUAUCUUUGUGUCACAUCUUAAGUCCCGGAAGUAUUUGGUUCAAAUCUCAAAUUAUUCACAUUUUUGACUUAUUGUUUUGUUUUUUAAACGUACAGAAUCUUUGCUAAUUGGACUUUUUAUGCUGAACAAUAUUGAAUUUAAUUGUCUGUUCCUUCAGGUGAGAGCCGGCACCAUACUGAACCUCAUUGGGAUUUUGACCAUCAAUCUUGGUAUUAACACCUGGGGUUACGCCAUGUUUGACAUGGGCACCUUCCCUCAGUGGGCCAAUGUUUCAAGUCCUAAGCCAUGAAUACAGGGGGACAAAAAAAAAUUAUAAGAUCUAUAAUAUAAUCACAAAUACUCAUGUUUGAGAAGAAACAUCCUGAGUAUAAAAGAGGCGUCAAAUAAGGUAUUAGGUAGAGGAAUAAGAGCUCCAUUAAGACUGUGUGGGUAAAGUCUUUAAAAUAAGAAAAAUACCCACACAGUUCAGUUAUCAGGAGAAACCACAGCUGUAUUUCAACACUUUUUAUUUCCUUAAAGUAAAAGAAUACAUUUAGAGAUGAACCAGAUCCAAGUAUAAAACCAUGUAGAUCCAUUUUACUCACUGAAAAACAGAAAUACUUGAUGCUGAAAUUAUAUUCAAACUUGUGAUGCAAUGAAACCAGGACCUGGUGAAAAAUAAACUGUGAAAUCUCUGUUAGAGUUCGAUAUUUCCAUCUCUAAUGAUAGAACAAAAAAAACUGUGUUUAUGAGGUCAGAUCCCCUGAAUAUAAUUUAAUCUUUUAAUUGUAUUAAUAUGUAAAUAUGCAGUACACUUUGAUGUAAUGACUACUAAUACCACAUGAUGUAAACACAUAGCAUUUAAAUGAGCAGAAAAUGAAUGAAUGGUGUUUGUUAAUUUAACUUAUUAACUAAGUCUUUCUGUUGUGUUCUUGUUGUUGUUGUUUAUCUGUAUUUUUGAAGCUGUUUUUAUGAUGGACAAGCACUGACUUUAUAUGUCAUAUCUUUUAUAUCACAUCCCGUAAAUGUCAAAGUUGUGGUUGUUUGCAAAAUUUGAUAUUUUAAACUUACAUUUGGUUAUAGUUUCCCAAUAUGAAACAGGAAUAGUGGACAUUUUGAAUUAUUUCUAUUUAUUUUUCAGAUGAAUAACACUCUCUCAAAAGCUGCUAAAAAUUGUCAGUCCUGUUUCUGAUGGUCUCUUUUACUCUUCAAGGUCAAGACGAGACAUCAGUAUCGAUUUCAAUCCGUAUCGAACAUCCAGUUUAAAACAUCGAACAGCUGGUUCACUUUGCUGACAGACAGGCGAACUCCGUCUUAAAGUCAGAUGACACACGUCAAAGAAAGAAAACAGGAUCUGUACAUGUCAGAUUAAGAUUAUGUCUUUUUUUUCAAGCCAAACAGUAACUGAAAUUAAAAAUGUUCAUUGAUUUUGUACUUGAUUAGUUCUUGUGUAGUGGCCUCCUGGACAUCGUCCUCUGAUUAAACCUUUUUAGCACCCUGGAUCGAUCAAACUCGUAAAAGAGUGGGCAUGAAAAGUGCUUGUUGGCAAAUCUUUACCUUAUGACAAUGCAAGGCCAGCUUUGAUCCUGUUUUUAUCUUUAUGCUACACUCAGGUAAUCAUCAACCAGCGCCAAUUUAACAAUUAACGUACAGACAUGAGACUGGCACAUUUUGUCUCGUGUAGGUCUCGGUGAGACAGCAGGCACGUUAUGAAAAAUGAGGCCCACUUGAGUAGAUGCAGGAAUAAGUGCAGGUGACUCUGCAAAAUGUCUUUAGCAAUGAGGAAAUAAAAACAAAAGGGGGCGCACAAAUCAAUAUCAGGAAGGUGUUACUCACAUUUUGUUCAGUAUGAAGAGAUAAAAAGUUUGGUUGAUGGAUAACUUUGAGAUAAGAGGCUGCCAACACAAAAUUAUCGCAGCUGAGGUUGUUUUUCUGAUGUGCUUAGGACAGCUUAAAUAAAGUGAAAAAGCAAAAGAUGAAAUUCCAACUGAGUGAGUGAUUUUUUUUUCACGUUGUAUAUCUACGGUGCAAAGUCUUUUUUAUUCCAAACAAAUAUCACAUUGUGUACUUCAUAACACAAACACUGAGGGCCUGUUAUAUUUCAAAAAGUCCCAUAAAUCUUUGAUUUAUUUUACUUCUGUUCAGUCACACCAACAUUUAAAAACUUCACAUUAGUUCAAAAUAUUUGUACAUGAGACACAAUCAUAUUAAAUAAAUCUAUACUAGACCUCGACAUAACAUUCAAGUCAAUCUGAGUCCCCUCCUGGUUACAACUUUGAGUUGUCCACAUUUCUUUUCCACCUUGUUUUUUUUUUUGCAAACUCACAACAGGAGAAUUUUAGAAAGACGUUUCCUUUUCCUCUGGCUGCAACUUUUCACAAACCAGGUUCAACAAGUAUUGGCAAAUUUUUAGCCUUUGAAUAAACCUGCUGUAACAGAAGGGUGAAGUUUACUGCAGUUUUGGAAAAAAAUGUGAAUCUGGCUUUUAAGUGCGUUCAAUCAGGUGGUAAAUGUAAUGAAAACCGUUUGAUACGACUUGAAUCAGGCUGUGUUUCAGCACAGGUGGAGGACAGUUCAGUGUGCAUAUUACAGUUUAGAGGCGUCUGAAAGCAGUUCAACGACUAAUCGCUGUGUGAUCUGUGAAAUAAAUGCCCUCGAAUAACCAGAGAUCACCGCACUCAGGUCCAAAUUCACUGGAAUGUGUCAGAAUGAAAAUGAUACUUGAAAACAGUACGAGAGGCAGGAACAGGUAACAGAAAGACACGAUUAGGGCUGCUGCAGAAACAGAAAACAGAGAUGAAAAAGAGCUAGAUUUCAGGGACUACAUUCUCCAAACCUCCCUCUUUUACAACACAGCUCAGACGGAAAAAUAUCAACAUUUACAAAUCCACGUUUCCCGUAAAGAGUUCCUAGACAGAAAAACUCAAAUUUGGACACACAAAUCACAACUUUUCAACAGCUUCUUUAUCACUCGAAAAAGCCACAUGAGGCUGGAUGAGUUCACGGAUGAUAAAGUACGCUCUGGGUUAUAUCAGAUCUCUUUUACAAGCUUUCUUUGUGAGGGUUCAAUAGAUGUUUUGUGCUUUGAACAGAGAUAGCUCAUCGUUUUCAAGGUGGAUACUCAGAAGCUGUUUUAAUAUCAAACUGAGGUUUUUAUUUCACUGCCUCUUAACUGAUCAGCAGCUAAAGUGAAAAUAAAUCAUCAAGUUUAGGAGGAACAUCUGACUGUAUUUUAGCAACCAUCGGACCACAACUAAAGGAACCUCACUUUUUAAUAGCUUACGGUUUAUACAGCUUUCAAUGGUGGUGUUAUAAAAG